AUGAGUUUGACUAAUCACAACAAUACUGAUAUCAUCCAACUCCCCUCUUCUCUCAAGGACCUCAGCCUAUUGGCCAUCCCUUUCUGCAGGAAGAUGGCUCAAGAGAUUUCUGUUGAAGAAACAGAGAUGCAUGGCCAUAUUGUUCCUCAAGUUGCUGGGGAAGAAGACAUAAUAUCGCAUAUGGGGAUUGAUGUUGGAGCCAUGACAACAGUUGAUUGUCCAGAUGAUGUUGUUUCUUCUGUGUUGGAUCCUUCAGGAUCUGGAACAUCAGCAAUUGCUCAUGAAUAUCCUUAUCUCCCUGGGAUAACACUUCAUCAGACAAAUGGACAUGGAAAGAAUUCAUUUUGGGAUUUCUUGGAAGACCACCGCUAUGCAAAGCAGCCUCCUCCCUCUCCUCCUCUCUUCAUGAAAGAGUACUUGAAACGAGAGAUGAGAGAAAAUCGAAUGCGCAUAGAGGAGGCAGAAGCUGCUGCAGCUGCUGCUGCAUCUGCAUCAUCAUCAAUGCUUAAUGCAAGGAAACCAGUGCCCAUAUCAGAGAAAGAACGGACUGCCACCCAUCUAGUAGAGAAAAAAGAGAAGCUCGCCAAGAAACAACAGCCAUCUUCAUCCUCAGCAUCAGGUUCUACUGCCAAAAAGAAAGGGAGGAGCACAAAUACAGGAGAUAAGAGGAUUGCUUCCCCAAUGCAUGAACCACGAGCAUCUUCAUCCGAGUCUAGUGAUCUGAUUAGUGGAACCCUGACAUCAGCAUCACCACCCCUUCUACAACCACCACCAACAAAGAAAGAAGCAAGAAAACCUGGAAAGGGUUUUUUGAAGGUCAAGAUGGCUUUUGGAAACUCUGGUGGAAAAGGAGGUGCAAGUAGCAGUGGGAAUAAGAAACUGGGGAAGAAGGUUGCUUCUGGGAAGAAGUUGAAUAACAAAGGUACAAAGUCACCCUCUGCUAGUACUUCUGGAGUCAGAUCCAAAGCUGGUACUGGGAGAAAUGGCUUUGGUGAUACAGCUGAUGAUCAAGGCUUCAUCUUCUAUGGGAUUGGGAAGCGAAAGGUCCGCAGGAGAGACCGAUCAGGAGAUAAUAUGAAGAGAGGUGAACAUCUGAGUGAUGGAGAUGUGAAGAAAGAGACUGGAGAGGAUGUGAAAGACAAGAAGGAAGAAGGAAGAGAAAAGGAAGAUAUAGAAGGGAACAAGAAGGAAGACAAAAAAGAGGUGGAGAGUAGAGCAAAGAAAGAAGGCAGCCCAAAAAGAAUGAGCCAUAGACGACUUGAGAAGGGAAAGGAGAAUCAUGUUGAAGAGGAGGAGGAGACAAAACCUCAAACUCAGGUGAUAAUGAAGAAAAAAAAGGAAACAGUAGGAGGAAAACUAGAUUCCCUGGCCAACAGUGUGAGUGAGCCCAAAAAGAAGGGAAUGGGAGGAAAAAGCAAGACUUCUCAGGGUGAAGAUAAAUACUUCAACAAAAGCUUUGGCCUGAUCUCCCCAGAGAAUAUAGUUGCCACCAAGAGGCGAGGGAGUGUGGACAAUGCAGUUGAGCCUGCAAAGACGCUGCCUGUGCCGAUCCCAAAGAAGCCCAGGUUAAGACUUCAAAAGCGCUUCACCUUCAAGGAGAUCAAAAUCACAAGUCCAAGACAGAGACAACAUCCUUCCAGUCCAAAGAUAGAGAGGAACAGACAUCUUCAAUUGAGAGGAGCUGUCCUUGUUGAAAAUCAGGAAGUAUCUCAUCUGGUCCAAGUCCUUGCCAGCUCACUUCUUAUUGUCUUUGUAGGGCAACUGAAUAGUUCUGCCUGGAAAAAUCAUGAGUCUCAAAGACACCAAACUCUUCUAAUCCUGAGGAAACCAGAAGAUGCAGUGACUCGAAACAGCUUUGAGGAUAGUGUCUCCCGUAUAUAUAUAUACCGAGACAAAUAUUUUGAGCGACAUCCUUUGGAGGAAGCACACCUGAAGGAGGAACGACUCUCAGAAGAACUCCAGAAAGUCAUUGCUUCACUUGAUUGCAAUCAGGAAAAAUGUGAGGAUGAGAGCAAGGCAUUCUAUCAGUAUCUGUAUGGAAGAGCCUUGAAUGUGAAAGCUGAUUUCAAUGCAGAAGCAGAGGAACGUCUUGCUAGAGCCAUCAAGCUUGAUCCGAAACUUGCUCCAGCUUGGAAUGAAUUAGGAGAAGUCUUGUGCAAGAAAAAGGAUUUUCUGGCAGCUAAAGCCUCCUUUGAUAGUGCCCUGAAACAUCUCAAGAAUAAUAUGGCUAUGAUGGAGUUCUUGAACUUUCAGUGGAAGAACAAAAUAUCCCUUCGAAACCUAUCCAUGAUGUGGAGGCAUCAGGCAUCAUGCAGCAGUACCCAAGAAGAAAAGAUGAAAAGCAUAGAAGAAGGUCUGAUGAGAGCCAAAGAAGCAGUGGAAUUGGAUGUGGAAGAUGGAAUCUCAUGGAUGAUACUUGGGAAUGCAUACCUCUCAUCCUUCUUUGCUAUCUCUCCUGAUCCUGAUAAUCUGCGAAAGGCAAUGAUGGCUUACCUGAAGGCAGAAAGGGAUACUGUGGCCAAAUACACCCCUGAUCUGCAUUAUAACAAAGGCAUGGCACUGAAAUAUGAAGAAGAUUAUCAGCGGUCCCUGGAGUGCUUGAAGAUGGCAUUCACAUUAGACACAACAUUUUUGGAAGCUCAGGAAAAAAUUAGAUCUAUUCUGGAAUAUUUGAAAAAAAUUCAAGAUCUCACUGAAAACAGAGGGAGGCUGAAGAGCAAGAGGCUUUUGCAGAUGAUCAAAAUGCUUUCUGAGAAGGAUUUGGGUCCAUAUGGAGGUGGAAGUUUUUCAAGUGCUAGUGGGAAGAUGAGUGUGAAGCUCACACCAUGUUCCAUUGAGGACCUACUUCGUGGACCAAAUCCAGAGAAGGUGAUUUUUGGCAAGGUUGUUGCCAGUGACAACACACAAAAUUAUGUGCCCUUCACCUUCUGUCUAGUGGAUCGUGAUUCCACUUGCAUCAGUGUCACUGUGUACAAUUUGGCACAAGGGAAAGGAGUGAUAAUUGGCGAUUCUGUGGCAGUUCCAGAACCAUUUGUGGAAGUCAUUCAUGUCACAUGGGAUUCAGAACAGGAGGUUCUUGGUCAGGUUGGUCUAGGCUUCCUUUCUCUUGCGAAGGCUGGUGUUGUAAGCCCGAAUGACUUCCGACUGCGACACGACUCCAUGCUCUUCUUUUCUUCACAAGAGGUUGCGAACGAAAUUGAAGACGCACGGGAUUCGAGGCAGGAUGAGAAACUGGAUAAGUUACUGGCUGUUGGAAAGAGAUAUAAGAACUUCAGAAGGACAUUCCCAGGAUCCCCUUUCUGGAUCUCACUUUCCCGAACAGCUUCCGCCAAGGACUUCCAAACUGUGUUCUUGAUCCUAUGGGACAUUUAUGCUGUAGUCAAGCACAAGAGUGACGAAUUGAGGUUCACACUGAGAAAUUGCAGGAGAAUGAACUUUGAAUAUGAGCCUCACUUAGGAUGGCUGCCAACAGCAGUCACCCCAGCCAACAUCUCUGCUGCAGAGAAGCUAAUCCAGAGAAGACAAGCUGCUGACAGGCGUAUCAACAUGAUGGAAGUGGAGGUGUUGCGGGGGAUUCAUUGGCAGAUCAUCCGUUGGAAGGAUAUCUGUAUCGGUGAUAUCAUUCGAGCCCGAAACAAUCAGUUUUUUCCAGCUGAUCUUGUCUUACUUUCUUCCAGUGAGCCACAAGGUAUGGCAUAUGUGGAAACUGCCAACUUGGAUGGAGAGACAAAUCUGAAGAUACGUCAGGCCCUAAAUCAAACAUCUGGACUCAUGGAGUCCAAUGAAUUCAGUAAUUUUGUUGCAACCAUAGAGUGUGAGCCUCCAAAUCGUCAUCUGUAUGAAUUUGUUGGAAAUCUCAAUGAGCAGGGGAAAAAAUCAGCGUCUUUAGGGCCCCAGCAAAUCCUCCUGCGAGGUUCAAAGCUUCGUAACACCAACUGGGUCCAUGGGGUGGUGAUUUACACUGGGCAUGAGACGAAGCUCAUGAAGAAUUCUUCAUCUCCACCAUUGAAACGCUCCACUGUUGACAAGGCUACAAAUUGGCAGAUCCUAUGGCUUUUUGUCCUUCUCAUAGGGAUUUGUCUCAUCACAUCUGUUGCAUCUGAAGUUUGGAAUGAGAAGAAUCUUCCAACAAACUGGUACCUUGGCAUGGAUGAAUUAAGCACUGCAAAUUUUGGCUACAAUCUUCUGACAUUCAUCAUCCUUUUCAACAAUCUCAUACCCAUAUCUCUACAAGUGACCUUGGAGCUUGUUCGUAUGAUGCAGGCCAUUUUCAUUUCCAAUGACUUGGACAUGUAUUAUGAAGAAACAGACACCCCUGCUCUCGUGCGUACAUCCAAUCUGAAUGAAGAACUUGGGAUGGUCAAGUAUGUGUUAACAGACAAGACUGGGACUCUCACUCGGAAUGUCAUGAUAUUCAAAAAGAUGUCAGUAGCUGGCCUGAUGUAUUCUGCUGAUGAGGACCAAAUUAUUCAAAACCUGAAAGGAGGUCAUGAAACAUCAGCUUACAUCAAGGAGUACCUAACUUUACUCUCUGUGUGUCACACUGUCAUUCCAGAACACAAUCCAGAUACCAACAUUUUGUCUUACUAUGCUGCUUCACCAGAUGAGCAAGCACUGGUCCAAGGAGCUCGGAAGCUGGGUUAUGUCUUCAACACUCGUACACCUGAAAGCGUCAUCAUUGAUGCUGGAGGAUCAGAGGAAAAGUUUGAGGUGUUGAAUGUCUUAGAAUUCACAAGUGAGCGGAAGCGCAUGUCUGUGAUUGUAAGGACCAGUGAAGGAGAGAUCAAGCUAUACUGUAAGGGAGCUGACACAGUCAUAUAUGAACGAUUGGGGAUUGAUCAGGCCUAUAGAGAUGUCACACUUCAACACCUGGAAGGCUUUGCUACUGAAGGCCUUCGCACUCUCUGUUGUGCAGUUGCCCAUAUCACUGAGGAACAGUACCAGGAAUGGCAGCAGGUAUUUCAGAAGGCAGUGACCUCAUUGCAGUUUCGCGAUACCAAAAUAGCUGAUGCAGCAAAUAUGAUUGAGCAGAACCUCAUUUUGCUUGGAGCAACUGCCAUUGAAGACAAGCUUCAGGAUCAACAAGGUCAUUCACCUGCAAAGAUCAUCAAGGAGCUGAAACUGCUACGAUCCACUGUGUACAAAGCCAUUGCCCACUACAAGGAACUUGGUACAACUCAGGAUCGACCCAGAAGUGACCAUCCCAGUGUCUUCAAGGAUCCUGCUCUUCGAAAGCGUGUCAAACAGCUUCUUGAUCGAAACCCGGAACGGAAGUGCUGA